UAACGCUGUCGACGUCGGCGCUGAACUUCUUGGCUCGGAAAUUUCUUUUCGUGUUGCGCCUGCGCACAUUUCAGUUGGCUUUCUUCUACCGUUGACGUCUUCGGAGUUGUGCGGAUACCAGAGCGUUUUUGCGUAUUCACGUUUCGCGUGCCCGUGCCCGUGCUCGUGCCCCGGUUCGGUUUUGGAUUGUGGACGUGGACCCCCCUCAUACACACAGCGCAGCACACAGACAAACCCGUGAAGUGGCUUUAAUCGAAAGAGCAAGCAACAGAAAUUAGAACAAACCAACAGCAAAAAUAAUACAAAAAGGAAAAAAAGAAUAAAGAAUAAAAUACAGUGAACAACAUCUACCAUUACCAUCUAUUAUAAUGGAUAAAAGGCGGCCUAAAAAUUGUGAAAAUGGUUGACGAAAAGUCUGAGAAGAAUUGUUCGAAUACAUUCCAAAUAAAAUGAAAUACAGGAAAAAGGAAAAAAAGUGCUACAGCUAAAAGUGUUCCAAAAACAGUGCAAUAAAAACCACAACAACAGCAAAGGAAAUACGCUUCUGAAAAAGUUACAAAUCAAAAUAAAACCAAUCAAAGAAUUGAUCAGUUAUCUGCAAUAAUUACAAAUACAUAUACAUAUAUGCUAAAUACUCCCAGAACGCUGUUGUAAAUAUUUUCAUAAAUAUCGGAAAACUACAAAAACAGCAUUUUCCCACUGUAUAUAAAAAAAAACCCGAAAAAACCAAGAGAAUUCGAAAACCUAUAUAAAUAAAACCACUAUCCAUAGCGGGACUAUCAUCCAACAUUGCUGGGCUGCAAUCCAAUAUAUCCACAUAUAUCCCAUAUAUACUAUAAACAAUCCACUCGUACUACUCCCCGUUCAUUUUUUUAUGCAUAGUUUUAUGUCUUCCUCCCAUUGUUUUUUUGAAGCUUGGUCAUUGGAUUGUUUGAAACGUGCUAUUCCAAGGAUCGGCAGAAGAUUCGUAUCGAUCGCCUGGGUCAACUGACAAUGAAGUUUUGCAGCAUGAACGGCCCAAGUGAAUCGGAAGUUGAAAGCCUCUUGAUGAGUCCCUGCUGGGGACCGCCACAGAACAGCGGCCAGGACCAGUAUCUGCUGGAUGGCCACAAGCUGCUGCUCGAGCACGACCUGGACUCCCUGCCUAGCGAUGCGGAUCAGAAGAACUCGCUGGACGUGCUGGACAAUCUGCUGCUCAAUGGCUCCUCUUUGAAUGGGCUGUCCGACCUGAAGCCGCUGCCCCCCUUCACCGGCUACACGGGCCACCUGUCCAUCAAUGGCAUCUCGGGCCACCACUACCAUGCCAUUGCCCAGCGGCUGCCGGACGAGAGCAACAACAACUACAUACAGAGCGCCUACCAGGCCAACCCCAAUGCCAAUCCCACAUCGACGACGGCCCAGAGCGGGCCCAACGGCGGUGGCGGUGGCGGUGGGGGGAGUGGCGGCGGGAGCAGCAACUCCUCCAACGAGCACAACAUAGUCUCCUCCUCCACCUGCCUGCCCGAGAGCGUACUGAGCGGGGAUCCCUGUGCGGACGCCUGCCUGGCCGAUGUCAAGCUCUUUGCCGAUAGUCAACUAGAUUCUAAGCUUUACUCCGUCGCCGACAGCUGUGUGAUGAGCGGGCCCGGCGGCGGAGGACCAGGUGGAGCGGGAUCGGGCGGCGGGGGACAGGGGAACGGCCCGAGCAUAGCCACAUUGACGCCGAUCGACCAGGUGGCCGACUCGCUGCAUGGCAGCGGGGUGCGCAUCUACAAGGACCUGACGGAAUACGUGGACAUGAACUCCAUCGACGAUAUUGCGGCCAUCAUUGGAUCGGCCAUUGCGGACACGACGGUGCCCAAUCAGCUGGACAAGGACGAGGGCAACGACACGCGGGACAGCUGGAUGGAUCUCGACGCCUGGAUCGACGGCAACUGCAUACAGCAGGAGGGCAAGGUGCUCGUCUCGCAGCAGGACUCGCUGGGCGACUUCAUGCUGCCCCACUCGCCACUGCCCAUGCACGCCAGCAGCUCCACGCUGCAGAGUCUGCUCAGCCAUGGCUACAUGCCGCUCCUGCAGAACCGCCUCCAGCACGGUCCCCCCGGCUCUGGAAACAACAACAAUAAUCACUCUCACAACAACAACAACAACAACAACAACCACAACAACCACAACAACAGCAACAACUCCUCCUCGGCGACCACGACAGGGACAUCCAAGGGGGAGGCGCCCACAUCUACCUCAUACUGCAAUGAACUGUCGGCGGCAACGAGCAGCAGCUGCAGUCCGCCGGGCUCCGUGGUCAGCACCACGGACAACAGCCUGAUGAUCAAUCCCCGCUACCUGUCCAACCAAUCCCAGUCGAAUCCGAACGGAUCCAAUUCCCACCAGCAGCAGGCCGCCUACCAGCUCUCCGGCUCUGGCAUGGGACCCCUCAAUGGCCCAAACUCGAUGAAGGACGGAGGACUCUGCUCCCCGGACAUGCUGGGCAACUAUCCGCACACGACGACGGCCACCACGACGGGCUCCGAGCUGCGGACGGGCACCCCCAAGGCCAAGCGAUCGCGGGCCCAAAAGAAGUCCAGCCAACAGCACCAACAGCAACAACAGCAGCAGCAGCAGCAGGGAGAUAGUGGAAAUGGCCCGUCCACGCCCCAGAUGAGCGCCAUUUCGCCCUCGAGCGUGGGCAGCUUCAGUGCCAGCGACUUGAGUGGAUUGCUGGGGAAGGAGAAGCCCGUGCACCGGUGCAGCAUCUGCAAUCGGGGAUUCCUCAACAAGUCCAACAUCAAGGUGCAUCUGCGCACCCACACCGGCGAGAAGCCCUUCCGGUGCGAUGUCUGCGCCAAGGCCUUCCGCCAGAAGGCGCACUUGCUCAAACAUCAACAGAUACAUAAGAGAAUUGGGCGUGACUGACCGAGGCGGCGGCAGGCUCCUCGACAAAUUUCUUGAUUCGCUGGACCAACAAGAGGCAGAGAGCACGCUCUGAGUGUCUGCAUCUGACCCCAGAGGCGGGGAGGGCCCCACUCCAAGGUCAUGUCUAGUCAUCGCAUCACCAGCAAUACGGGUUCUUCUUCUCGGGAUCUGGAUUGCUUGAUCGGUGACUGCUUCUCCUGGCCAAAGGCUUCUCCCUGCUUCUGUGUGCGUGUGCGUCAUUGCUUGGCCGGGACAGUGGCUGGAGUGGCAAAGGCACUCCGCCACUAUCCCACACGGGUCGAGCAAUCUCAUACACACACUUUUUGAUAUUCGUUGUUGUUGGUUGCUUUUGAUCUCUAUAGCUAAAUCGUAGUUACAUACAUAGUGGAAAUUAUCAGGAUUGGAUUGAUGAACAAAACUAAAGAACAAUCUACAGUACAGUUCAGUUUUAAAGAAAGAAAACCUCUAUAUAUUCAACAUUGAAAGUAACUUGAAAGUGUACUUUAAGUGAGUGCUGUCUAUUUUGAGGUCUUUAUUAGAAAAGAUUAUUUAAAGGAUUUGAGAAGCGAGAGUUUCCGUGAGUUCUGUUCCAUAGAUAUUUCAGGCAUUAGUUGCAAACCAAACCAAGAACUUUAAAAGGCUAUAUGUACAUUGUCAGGCUAGCAAACAAAAUCAACCUACUACCUCCAAGCAGGCAAAUGGAGAUACUAUUUCCCACAAACGAUAUCCUUAAGAUAGAGCUGACGAUAGGCCAAAGAGACCACAAGCAAUGUAAGAACAACGAAGCGUCCAAUUGUCUUUCUGCAACUGUUGUUCUGUUUUGAUGCAAAUAAGCGUACUUCUAGCGACCAAGGUCCUGGCACAGGUAAAACAUACAUACAUACAUACACAUAUAUUUAUAUAUAUAUAUAUAGAAAUCAAAAUCUAGACAAUAGUACCAACUAAGAGAUGGGAGCGGAAGUCCCAGUUGUAUAAAGUUCUGAAAUGUUGUCUGUACCUCAUCAUGUUGAAAACUGUAUAAGUGAAGAAGCAUACAAAUUAAAGGUUUAACUAAAAUUAAUCAAGGAAGAGCAAUACAAUUUUAAAUUACAAUUAUGUUAUAGUUUCUGUACAAACCAAUUAAAGAGCAUUAUUUAUAAACAUACAUUUUAUGGUAAGAUUCAGUAGCGGGCUUGGCAAAAUAUUAUUCUUAAUAAUCAAUUUGCAGAAAUCUUAAAUGUGGAAAGAGAAGUACGGAGAGUUGUUUAGCAAUGUACUCAAGUAAUAAAUACGAAUACGAUUUAAUUUAGCUAAUAUCUUAAAGCGUUGUUAAUUUGUUUUUUAAAAAAAGUUUGUUGCUAAAGUUUUAAAGUUAAUCUUAACCGUAAACCUUAAAUUAUGUUCGAUAUGCAUGAAAUUAUUUAUGAUUAAUUAACCAUUUUGGAACACACACUCAAGCAAACAAUAAAUUACAUUUUAAACAUAAAUUAAUGUAAUUUUAAUGGAUGUUAAUUCUAUGGAAAAAAGCAAAAAACAAUAUCAAUUGUGUUAUUUUAGUUAACGUGCAAUUUUAUUUAUUUUGUUC